GUUACUUUGACCUGUCCCUCUUUCCUUUUUUCAGAAAAAAAAAUGGAUGGCCAGAGCCUGGGAUUGCGCGUGCAUGUGCACCCUGUCGUGCUGUUCAGUAUCGUGGACUCGUACGAACGGAGGAACGAGGACGCCAAAAGGGUGAUCGGAACUCUUUUGGGGACAGCAGACAAGAAGAUAGUGGAGGUGACAAACUGUUUCCCGGUGCCACACAACGAGUCAGAAGAUGAGGUUGCAGUUGACAUGGAGUUUGCCAAAAAUAUGUACGAGCUUCACAAAAAGGUGAACCCAUCUGAGGUGAUCGUAGGGUGGUAUGCCACAGGACCAGACAUCACGGAACACUCUGUGUUGAUCCAUGAGUACUACUCGCGAGAGUGUAGCCACCCCGUCCAUGUGACUGUGGACACCAACCUCAGGGGAAACAAGAUGGCGUUUAAGGCAUACCACAGUGUGUCCAUGGGAGUAUCAGGUGGUACUAUGGGCACCAUGUUCACCCCCCUCCAGCUGAAGAUUACCAGCUACGAGGCAGAGAAAGUAGGAGUGAGUCUGAUCCAGCAGGGUAAGACAGCUCCUAACAGCACCAUCUCCAUGUUACCGGACCUGUCUGCGGUGGGGAGCCAGGCCGCCAAGCUACAGGACCUGCUCACAACCGUCAUUGCGUAUGUGGACGACGUGUUGGCAGGAAAAGUUACAGCUGACAACACGGUGGGACGUCUGCUGAUGCAGCUGGUGGCAAAAGUACCACAGAUGGAGCCGGAGGACUUCCAGAGCAUGCUCAACAACAUGAUGAAGGAUCUGCUGAUGGUUGUGUACCUGGCCAACCUGACAGACACACAGAUCCAGCUCCACGAGAAGUUAUCAGUCAAGAUGUCCUGAGGGGAGGGCGAAUUGGACACUUCAGAGUUUCUAUAAAAAUACAUGGGAGCUGUUCAUUCACCCUUAACAAUAAGGAAUGGACAAAGAGGGAUGGGGGGAUGCCUGAAUUUUCUUUGUAUUCCACCAGUGAUGAUUUGGUAUUUGGGCAUGACGACUUGCAUCAAAUAAAAAAGUCUGUGUAACUCA